AUUUACUUAUAAAAAAUCUUUGGUACACCUUUGCUGGUCAUGCAAAUAAUUGUCUCUUGCUUACGGCGUCACUAAAGCGACGCAUGCGGCGGUCUUUUUUCUACUUCCCGCAGCACAACUCGAGUUGGUGAAGUUGUCGAGUUCCUUCGUAUUUUGUGAACACGCUCACAGAAGCCAUGGAAGUAGCCACCGUACCACGCACGAGGCGUCUAUUGAAGGAGGAAGACAUGACCAAGAUCGAGUUUGAGACCAGCGAGGAGGUCGAUGUUACGCCUACCUUCGACACAAUGGGCCUACGAGAGGAUCUCCUCCGUGGGAUCUACGCAUACGGUUUCGAGAAGCCUUCCGCAAUCCAACAAAGAGCAAUUAAACAGAUCAUCAAGGGUAGAGAUGUCAUUGCACAGUCUCAGUCAGGAACAGGAAAGACUGCCACAUUUUGCGUAUCAGUGCUGCAGUGUCUUGACAUUCAGGUGCGUGAAACCCAGGCACUGAUCCUGGCUCCCACCAGAGAGUUGGCUGGACAGAUACAGAAGGUGCUCCUGGCCCUCGGUGACUACAUGAACGUCCAGUGUCAUUCCUGCAUCGGAGGGACAAACGUGGGUGAGGACAUCCGCAAACUGGACUAUGGCCAGCACGUAGUAGCAGGGACCCCUGGGAGAGUGUUUGAUAUGAUCCGCAGGAGGAGUUUGAGGACACGUGCCAUCAAGAUGCUGGUGCUGGAUGAAGCAGACGAAAUGCUCAACAAGGGUUUCAAAGAGCAGAUCUACGAUGUGUACCGGUACCUGCCCCCUGCCACCCAGGUGUGUCUGAUCAGCGCCACGCUGCCCCACGAGAUCCUGGAGAUGACCAACAAGUUCAUGACCGACCCCAUCCGCAUCCUGGUCAAACGUGAUGAGUUGACUCUGGAGGGCAUCAAGCAGUUCUUCGUGGCAGUAGAGAGGGAGGAGUGGAAGUUUGACACCCUGUGUGACCUGUAUGACACCCUCACCAUCACGCAGGCUGUCAUCUUCUGCAACACCAAGCGGAAGGUUGACUGGCUGACUGAGAAGAUGAGGGAGGCCAACUUCACUGUUUCCUCCAUGCAUGGAGACAUGCCCCAGAAGGAGAGAGAGUCCAUCAUGAAAGAGUUCCGGUCCGGCGCCAGCCGAGUGCUUAUCUCAACUGAUGUGUGGGCCCGAGGUCUGGAUGUGCCCCAGGUGUCCCUCAUCAUCAACUACGACCUGCCCAACAACAGAGAGCUGUACAUCCACAGGAUUGGCCGAUCGGGUCGUUAUGGCCGCAAGGGUGUGGCCAUCAACUUUGUGAAGAACGACGACAUCCGUAUUCUCCGUGACAUUGAGCAGUACUAUUCCACACAGAUCGAUGAAAUGCCAAUGAACGUGGCUGACCUGAUCUAAGGCGCUGGUGAUGGAAGUGGAGAGAACGCUUUGAUUACACUUUGGACCCCUUUUAUUUACUGUUGGAAUUCUUGUCUCAUUUGUUUUUAAUAGUAGCUUUGGAACAGCCUUUACAUUUGUGAUGACUAUUUUAUUCUUAGGGAAAUGCCUACUGCAACUUUCCAGUUGUUUUGUAAAUAAAGAACAUUUUGUUUCCCA